AUGGCCAGACCUGUCGCCAAAAAGAACAAGUGCUCCAGAGGAUAUCAAAACCCAAUCUCCAGAAAGAAAUCGCAGUCCAUCACUGAAUCUGGCCUUAGGAAUUAUUCACUCUACAUAAACAGGGUCCUAAAGGAAGUGGUUCCCCACAGGAGCAUAUCAUCCCGCACCUUGGACGUCAUAAACAACAUGAUCAACAACAUCUUUGAGCGCAUUUCCACAGAAGCCUACAACAUAAUGUAUUUAAGGAAUCGUCGUACCCUCACCCCUGAAGACAUCCAGAAGGCAGUGUAUCUUCUGCUGCCCGGGAAACUAGCCAAGUACGCAGUGGCUUUUGGAAGUGAGGCUGUCCACAGAUAUGUCAACUCCUACGCUCCAUGUACCAGCUUAAUUAAAUCUCGGGGGAAGUAA